UCAUUGUGGAAGAGUGAGAGGGCAAAGGCGCGUGCCUGAUGACGCAGUCACUCUUUUUGCCGAGUAUCAUGGGAAAAUAACAUAGCAGGCUAGCACGCGCAGGAAGAGAGGAGAAGAACCGACACCUCCGCGUAGUGAAACUAUUCCCGUGCGUUAUAUUCCCCAUUUACCUCCUCGAACAAGUGUAAACCGGCGACCAGAAACCAUCUUUAACUCUCUAACAUAUCGCGAAGUGCUGACGGUUGUUGUUGUUUGUUUCAUUUGUCGGCUUGUUGGAUACUUAGCGCGUGUCGCUGUCGAGCGAGUUCGCGGAAGAGGUCAGCAUCGUUCCUGCUUCAAAUACAUAAGCCCAUCGAGAUUACAUUCAGAAGAUAAGCAGAAACUUUUCAUCAAGCGAGGCUACAGUCGACGGCGGUGUAAAUAUGAGUUACAAGCCGAUCGCCCCCGCACCCACCAGCUCCAACCACACUCCACCAGGAUCAUGCGGCUCAUCUCCAUCUCUGGCCUCCUCAUCUAACUUUAGACCAGCAUUUAGUGACUUUGGUCCACCAUCAAUGGGCUUUGUACAACCGGUCAAAGUGUCCCAGGGAUCUACGUAUAGUGAGCUGCUCUCCGUCAUUGAGGAGAUGAGCCGUGAAAUUCGUCCUACCUAUGCUGGCAGCAAAAGUGCCAUGGAGAGACUGAAGAGAGGUAUCAUCCACGCACGUGCUCUUGUCAGGGAGUGUCUAGCGGAGACAGAACGAAGUGCUCGCACAUAACACACACACACACACCCUCCCUCCCUCUGGUACUUGUCUCCUCAUUGUUCUGUUUCUCACAGACAUGCUCCUUUUCUCUGCCAAGCUAUUUACAACACCAUCUCUUUCUAUCUUUCUUAUUGACCAUUGUCCAUCAUGCAUAGCUAUCUCCCAGAUGUACACCUCAUGUAGUGUUACUACGAUUAGAAUAGAAAUUUUUUAAGCCCAAUUUUUGCAAUUCUGUAUUUAAAUAAAAAAAUUAAAUCAA